UGAAUAAAUCAUGCAAUAAGUUAUUUUGAUACCAAGUAGCAACAGUUGCAUUAUUCAGUUACAAUUAAUCGACCGAUUUUAACAAACAUGGAACAAAAAAGUGGAAAAGAGGUACCGGAAGCUGUUUUCGAAAAUGGAGUUUGGAAAGGAACAAAAAUUAAUUUUCCAGAAGGGUACCAUCGAAUUGGAAAAAGAAUUCUUGAACAAUUUAGAAAAUAUCCUGAUUUUAUAGGACAGAUUGAUGGUGCGAGUGGAAAAAAAGACAGUUAUCAAAUGAUGAGCGAUAGAAGCAUAAGGUGUGCAUUGUGGCUCAAAAAACAAGGAAUAAAACCCGGAGAUGUAAUUGGUUUUUGUUCAAAGAACCAUUUAGACAGUUGCAUACCCUUCUUUGCUUCUUUUUUUAUCGAUACAAUUUUCAAUCCUUGGUGGGACAGUUCUUUGGACGAAGAACUGGUUAUCUAUUUUUUGAAAACAACAAACCCCAAAGUGUUGUUUAUCGAUGAAGAAUCUGCAGAAUUAAUAAUGAAAACACUCGAAAAAAAUAACUAUGCAUUGCCUGUUGUUGUUUUUGGACAAAAAACUGGUCUGUUAUCCUUUGAAGACAUUUUAGAAGCUCAAAAUGAUGGACAAGUGAAAACUUUUGAGUGUACGGAUACAAAAGCUGAAGAACCAGCGAUAAUAAUGUACACUUCGGGUACAACGAGUAAUCCCAAAGGAGCUUUGCACUCUAAUCGAUCAUUAGCUCAUAUAAUGUCCCAUUAUCCGACUGAUAACACUUCACAAAUUAUUCUGGGGUUUUCUACACUCUGCUGGAUAUCGGGGAUAAUGGUCACGUUGCGGUCGAUAUUUUACAAAUAUACUAUGAUAAAUUCUCAUCAUACCAGUGAAGAAGUUGCUUGUCGAUUCAUUGAAAAAUAUAAGGUUACCAGAAUAAUAAUGGGAACGAGUUUCGCCAACAGAUUCAGCAAGAGACUGAACGUUUGGAACUAUGACUUAUCCUCGCUAAGUUUAUUAAUGGUCGGCGGAGGAGUUCUAUCAAAAGAAAUAACUAAAUUUCUCCAUAAACUGUUCAAAAACGCUGACAUUCACGUUGUUUAUGGUACCACCGAAUUUGGAAUAACAGUAGUAACAGGACCCAAUUCACCUAAAGUGAUUGCUCCUAAAGGAUUAGUCUCCUGUGGAAGAGCGUUAGCUAAUGUGGAAAUAAAAAUCGUCGAUCCAGAAACAAACAAAAUUUUGGGUCCAAAUGAAGAAGGAGAGCUUUAUUGCAGAGCUCCAACAUUAUUGACUUGCUAUUGGAAUAAUCCUUCGGCAACUGAAGAAGUUUUUGAUUCGGAUGAUUGGUUCCGCUCUGGAGAUUUGGCAUACUAUGACGAAGACGGCGAUAUUUUUAUUGUUGAAAGAAUGAAAGAGAUGAUAAAAUAUCGCCUUCAUCAUGUAGCGCCAGCGGCCAUUGAAAAUGUGAUACAAGAGCUACCAGGUGUCGCUGAAGUAGCUGUUGUUGCAAAACCUAACCUUGAAGAUCUAGAACAACCCAUGGCUUUUGUUACUAGAGUUCCUGGAAUGGAAAUAACUGAAGAUGAAAUUCAUGAAGCUGUAGGAAAAAAGCUACAUGACAAAACGAAACUUCGAGGCGGUAUUUGUUUUCUCGACAAAAUGCCUUACACAGCAUCGAAGAAGAUUGCAAAAAAAGAACUCCGUAGAAUGGCUAGAGCUCUAGUUGAAAAAUCCUAACAAUUUUACUUUCAUAUCAGACCUAUAGAUUGAUCUGGUCUUAUCAGGAUAUUUAUAAGAGUAAAAAAUAAAAUUUUCAAUCUUUACAUAA